UUGUGGGGGUGAAGUAAUAGAAGGAACAGAAUGGGAAGAUGGAGUAAAAUAUAUUUUACUGUAGCAAAUGAGAAGGAACAAAGUUAAGGUGGUGCCUGCUCGCAUACACAUGCACAGGUGUGCACACAAGAUAGACAUAGAGGUAAAUUGAAAUAGGUAUAUAACGGGGAGCUAGGCUACAUUGGGACAAUAGCUAUACCUGGGAAAGGCAUGGGAUAAUAGCAGGAAUUCCUCAUCCUGGAGGUGGUGCCACCCUGCCUCCUGUUGCUCUUCCUGGCUCAGGUGGUUUCUGGUUUCCUAACAUUCUGAUGAUCACACACACACACACACUCUCACGACCUCCUCAUUUCACAACAUAUCUCGCACACACAUGCACAGAUAGGCACACAGAGUGUCUCUUGUUCCAAGGAUCGGACACACCCCAUUUCAUUUAGUUCCUCCACCUCCUCCAUUCCCCAGAGUGUAGUCACAGAGAUGACCUACAUUUGGGGGACUCUGAGGGAUGGUAGGCUUUUUUCUGAAUGGCUGGGGGAUCCUGCCUCUAGCCCCUGCCUCCUUCUUUGCCCUUUAGCCGUCGAGAUCUGCAUUUUGAUCGAAGGGGAGAUACAAACUUGAGGUGCCCUGUGAUGCUUGUGGUGGGAGACCAGGCACCCUAUGAAGAUGCUGUGGUGGAAUGCAACUCAAAGCUGGACCCGACCACGACCUCCUUCCUCAAGAUGGCAGAUUCUGGAGGUCAGCCCCAGCUGACCCAGCCAGUGAAGCUGACUGAAGCCUUAAAGUAUUUCCUUCAAGGCAUGGGCUACAUGGCGUCUUCCUGUAUGACCCGUUUAUCUCGAUCCCGAACUUCUUCCCUGACCAGUAAUAGGCUAUCCAGGGAUGAUGGGCGUCCUCGAACUUCAUCUCGGGCCAGCGAUGCUGGGUCUAUUCCUUCAGAGUCUCCGGGACAUUCUAUGGAGGUCUCUUGUUGAGUGUCCCUCCCUCCCCUUUUGAAGGACCUGGCCCUCACUUCCCCCCAGCCCCCAACUCUAACCCGGGGGGGUGUCUAAGGGUGACAGGCCAGAGAGAGACAAGAGCGAGAGGCGGGACAGAUGCGCAGGGAGAUGGCAUUGACCUUUUGAUUCCCACCCUAACUUUGACCUCUAACCUGUGACCCCCACCCCCACCAGACCCUGGGAGAGAGAUUGCAUUGUCUCUUGGGGACCCAGACCCCCGACUUCUCAUUCCUGGAUUGUCUCCCUCUUUUGGAGGAAGACUUGGAGGGGACAUGCUGUUCUUUGAUCCAGGAACCUUCAGAUGAGGGAAGAGGGGUUGCUGUAUCCCAGCUCGGAUUUUUUUUUUCUAUCUCAGGAUGCACUGUAAUAAGGGCAUCUGGGAGACCCUCUGGGGAUGGAAUUGCUAAGGCUGAUUCUGAUUAAUCCUUAAUCUCCUAAUGGGGAUGGAGGUGUGUGUGUGUGUGUGUAUGACAGAAUGAAUGUUUAGGAAGCUUAUUGGAUAUUUGGGGUCCGUGAAGACCCUAAGAUUGCAAUGGGGAUGUCCAGAGGAUAGAGGAGAAAUAGAAGUGGGAGAAGGUGUGAGUGAUUACGUAGAGUAGGAGGUAUGAGGCUGGAGCUAGGAGCAGGAGCAGGGAGUGAGCCGGGGCUGCUUGGCUGCACUAACUAUAGUUGUCAGUUUUUAUGGAGUGGGGUGAGGGGGCCAGAUCAGAGCUGUGCUGCUUGAGACUUGGCAUGAGGGAUGGGCAGGAUUGCCCAGGGAGCAGAGUAAGUGUCUUGGGGGCUCUUGACCAUGUUAUAGUAGGGGGAGGUUACCCCUUUUUGAUAUGAGCCCCUUGUCUCCCCCAACUCCCCUUGUAACAAUAAAACUGUGUAGACCAGA